CAUAGAAUUACACAGGUGACAAGGAUAAUCUGGGGAAGUGUGAACAGUUUUUUCUAGAACUCAUGAAGGUACCACGGGUGGAAUCCAAAUUAAGAGUUUUUCUCUUCAAGAUUCAAUUUAGUUCACAGGUCUCAGAUUUCCGAAAAAGUUUAAGCACUGUGAACUCUUCUUGUGAAGAGGUCCGGAAUUCUUACAAACUGAAGGAAGUCAUGUGGAUAAUUUUACAACUGGGAAACACACUGAACCAGGGAACUGCCAGAGGUUCAGCUGUUGGAUAUAAGUUGGACAGUCUUUUAAAACUAACAGAUACUCGUGCCACUAACAACAAGAUGACCCUCAUGCAUUACCUUUGUAAGGCUCUUGCUUCACGGUCACCCGCACUUCUGGAUUUUCAUGUGGAUUUUGUAAGCUUAGAAGCUGCAUCAAAGAUACAAUUGAAAUCUUUGGCAGAGGAAAUGCAAGCUAUCAUCAAGGGAUUGGAAAAAGUAAAACAGGAACUGACUGCAUCUGAGAAUGAUGGUCCUGUAUCUGAAAUUUUCCGCAAGACACUAAGAGACUUUAUUGGAAUGGCUGAAACAGAGGUGUCAUCUGUGACAAAUUUAUAUUCCACAGCGGGAAGAAAUGCAGAUGCACUGGCAUUGUAUUUUGGUGAGGAUCCCGCCCGUUGCCCAUUUGAGCAAGUUACUGCAACACUCUUAAACUUUGUGAGGUUAUUCAGAAAAGCCCACGAGGAGAACUUGAAACAGGCUGAAUUAGAAAGGAAAAAAGCUCAGAAGGAGGCUGAAUUGGAGAAUGCUAAAAAUAUGAACACUAAAAGCACGAAUCUCUCAAAGAAGGGUCCUAAAGGUUGAGAAUCCCGAUGAACUUAUGGGGUACCAGUCUAUCUGCUUAACUGCCUUGUGCACUGGUUGUAUCCGUUUGCUCACAGAGCACAAAAUCUACAGUACUUCUGAAGUGCCUUUGGCUUUUGUGGGGUUCAUAGUAUGAAGUUUUUAUUUAAAAGGCUGUGAACUUGAAUUGAAAGAGUAGUUAUGGCUCAACAGGCAAAGGUAUAUAUGGUCCUGGCGAGGCUGAUUGGACAUGCAAUGCAAUUUUGGAGUGUCAAUAGAGAUUUCAAACAAUCAUUAAACAAACAAGAAACAUUAUCGAAUUGAUAGUAGCUUCUCGUAUGCCAUGAUGGAACAGAAGUUAUUUAUUUGGUUUAUACCUGAGAUGUUUCGGCCGAGAAGUGUAAAGGGGAAGAUCUGAAGUUGUCCAAGAAUCUUUGUACAGAACAUAGAACUUGAUUGGAUUAUUUCAUUGUAACAUAGAAUAUGUUCCUUUCCAUGAAACAAAUUGGUUGGGACUGGGAAUUGACAUCAGAAUUUAUUGUACAGGUAUCUCAGUAUUAGUGGGUAGCUAGAUUGGGUUAAGUGUAGCAGUAGUGUAACAAAGAAUAAGCUUUCAGAUCAGAUAGAUGCCUCUUUCACCGAAUGCCAAUUCUUUCUA